AGUCUCCGAAGUACUUACUAGCCUUGGCGCCACUUCUUCAUGUAAGUCCCCAGGAAGCCACCUCGGCACGUCUCGUUUUGGAGCUGCUCCUUCAUGGCGCUGCUUGUCGGACAGUCGAUUGCCACGAGCUCUCGCUCGGUUGCGUGUGCCGCUGCGGCGCACCGUGCACUAGGUACAACACCCCGGCGUGAAGAUUUUCGUCUUUGGUUGACCCCCACGACUGCACCGCAUCGCCAGCAGCGCCGAACGAUGUGGUGGGACCCCUCCCUGACCCGCAAAAAUGGGAAGCCCGCCAUUUCGAAAACGCAAGAUCUGUACGUGUCCAAAGACAUUCCGGUGGUCCUGCUGAAGGACGUUCCUAAAUUAGGCGUGAAAGGCCAGAUUGUUCACGUCCGGCGGGGCUAUGCGCGCAACCUGCUGGUACCGUCCGGCGUCGCGGUGUACGGUGCUCUUUGGGAAAACGUCGACCGCUACGCCGACCCCGCCGUCAUCUCGGCUGCCGAGGCCACGGCGCGUGCGAUUGAAGCAGAGCAAGAGGCCCAUCCCUUCGACUGGAUUGACGAGUACAUCAUUCGGUUUUGUUUGUUCGCUCGGUGCUCAAGUCUACCUUCUUGCUGCCAGUUGUUUCUUUUUUCUACUUGGGUUGAAUAAACACAUCACUCCAACUGCAAAUCGUAAAUAGGCGUUCGUGUCCUCCCUGCUCGCCGAAUAGCUAUUUAAGUAUUUAUCACAGGAUUUCCCUGCGUCUCGUGCGCACAGUGCGGAACCAGCAAACGGGCGCGCUGCAGGACCCGCUGACCGUCUGGGAAUUUUUGAACAUCCUGUCGCGCGACCACGAACUCGACCUUUUGCCUGAGAACCUGCUGGAUCUCCGGGACCGAGGCGAACCACAGGGUGUUGUGCCGGACCCCGCGCUGGACCCGUUUCACCAGAGCGCCGCCGUGGAAAGUCCACAACCAGACGGGACUGCCCUCGCAUCGGGGGAGCGGUUGCCGCUCGAUGGUGGCGGCCCCGGCGGAAUGCACGAGCCGUGCUACCAGCUACUAACCACCGCGGGCCGACACCUGGUCAACCUGGAGAUUCCCUUCAAAGUGAAGGCCCGGCGGUACUGCAUCGCGGUAGACAUUGUGUCGCAGACCGAGGAGAUGGCGGCGCUCCGGGCGCGGGAAGAAGAGCGCAUCAAGAACCAGAAGCCGCAGUUCCUGGUGGGAAUUCGCAGUGGCGAAACCAUUGGCCGGCAGAUGCAGAUUGACUACGAGGAGCUUGAAUGGCUCGAGGACGAGGGAGACAAUGCCCGGGCGCGCUCUGGCCCGGGAGGGCGCUCUCGGCCGUAGUGGAAGAACGUCGUGAUUGCUGCUACAUGGUGUACAUGCGCGAACAACAAUUUUUCGCAUUCAACUACACGACGUACCCUUGCUACGUGUACGUAUUCACUUUUGCUACGGAUGACACAGCACUUUUGGUCAGGUUCCUCAAGAGAUCCAGAUGAUAAUACAGUGUGGCUGUUUAAUGCUAGAAAGACAUUUCUGCAGCAAGACUACACACCCUGAGCAU